AUGUCAAUCGAAAUCGGCCCGCUAGCCCAGGCCGAUAUUCCCGGCGCGGUAGAAUGCGUGCAACAAGCGUUUUCAGAUGAUCCAUAUUUCCGAUGGGCUUUUGACAAUCCAUCCAAGUUUAACGUCGAGCGAAACGCUGCUUCUCUCGGUGCCCACUUCCAAUAUGGUAUCAACUGUGGUUGCCCGAUAUCCGUUGCCAAGGUUACUCGUGCUGCCAGCGAAGACAAAAGCGGCGCAGAAAUACGUUUGCCGCCCGGUAGCGUAGUCGGUGUUGCCUGGUGGUAUUCACCGCAGGCACAAUCAAUGCCGCAGACAUGGACAGUCUGGGCACAAGACUGGGUUCUUUCAUUUCGACAACUCGUGAACAACAUUCGCUUUCUUGGUCGAGGUGGAUUGAACGUUCAUCGAUACAAGAUUUGGAAGCAGGUACAGCAGAAAGCGCACGACGCCAUCUGGCAAGAUCCUCGUGGAUACUACUUCUGUAACGUCAUCGGAGUCAGCUCACAAGCCCGUGGCAUGGGAGUAGGAAAGAAGCUCAUGGAAGAUGUGAUGGAAAAAGCCGAUCGGGAGAACAUGCCUUGUUAUCUCGAGAGCUCCAAAGGGUAUCCAAAUGUUGCCAUAUACGAGAGGAUGGGCUUCGAAUUGAUCAAAGAGAUUGAAUGUGUUGAUGGAGGGGAUGUGUGCAAGCUGUACUGCAUGACCCGCAGUCCCAAACACAAGGCAUAG